CUUUGUACACCGCCUGUGCGCUAGCUACCAUUUGCUGAGCCAGUGAGGGUCUAGAGGGGGCGCGGCCUUCUCGGGAGCGUGGCCUCCCCGCCAGCCGCCCGGCUCAGAUCUAGCGGCCAAUGCCUCUGGCCCAGCAGAGGCACCUACAGAAAACUAAAGGCUUGACGGAUCGCGGGGAGCAGAGGGUUGGGCAGUUCAGGCUGACCUCCAGCUCCCCAUGCAGCUGUGACCUUGAACUUCUGACCCUCCUACUGUCAUCUCUGAAAGCUGAGGACCGACACCAGGGCCCAUGGACACCUUCAGCACAAAGAACCUGGUCCUGCAGGCCCAGAAGAAAGUCCUCAGCAAGAUGGCUUCCAAGGCCAUGGUGGCUGUAUUUGUGGAUGACACCAGCAGUGAGAUCUUGGAUGAAUUGUACCAGGCCACUAAGGAGUUUACCCGCAGCCGGAAGGAGGCACAGAGGGUGGUGAAGAACCUGGUGAAAGUGGCCGUGAAGCUGGCUGUGUUGCUUCGGGCAGACCAGCUGGACAGCAACGCGCUAGCCCAGCUGCGGCGUUUCCGGAGCCGGGUGCACAGCCUGGCCAUGACAGUCCUCAGCUUUCACCAGGUAGACUUCACCUUUGACCGGUGUGUGCUGGCCACCGGGCUGCUGGAAUGCAGGGAUCUGUUGCACCAGGCCACUGGCCUGCACCUCACUGCCAAGUCACACGGCCGCAUCAAUCACAUUUUCAGUCACUUUGCCAAUGGCGACUUCCUGGCCGCACUGUACAGUCCAGUAGAGCCCUACCGGAGCCACCUGUGUCGCAUCUGUGAUGGCCUUGGGAGGAUGUUGGAUGAGGGUGGCAUCUGACCUGGAGUCAGCAACCUGGAGCCUAUCUUCCCCUGGUGACUGGUCCCCCAGAACACAGAACUGCCUGUGCACGAGGCAGUGUCUCCUCUGCUUCUCCUGCUGUAGCCCAUUUGCUUUUGCCUGCGUCUCCCCUCCUCCUCCUCUUCCUUCUGAGACAGGUCUCAUGUAGCCAGGCUGACACCAAGCUCCCCAUGUAGCCAAGGCUGACCUUGACCUCCUGAGCCUCUUGCCCCCACCUCCGAGAGUGCUGGACGACAAGUGUGUGCCAACAACCCACUGUCUGAGCAUUCUCAGUCUUUCAAAUAAGGUUGUGGAGAACUGGGAGAAAAGAAUUGUACUCCUCUGAUCCCUCCCACUGCCAAAUGACUGUUUCCUAAGUCUCAGGUCCUCCCAAGGUGACUUGCUUUAAAAAAUGGAGUUCAAACUCUUGCACCAGACUAGAGUGAACAGGUAUCAGCCUGCUACAACAGGUCUUCAUAUAGGUUGGCCCAGGGGGGUUCACUCUGCCAAUGCUGCAGGGCACUGAGCACUGACGAGUGACGCUACUACCGAAUGUACCAGCAGACAGGUGCUAGACAGGGCCAUGGCUUUUUCCCAGUGGUUUUGAGACUCCAAGCACACUUUGGUGUUGGGAUCUGAGAUCCUGUUAGGGGACUGGACCCUGGCACUGAAGAAAAGAAAUAGAGCUGGUGAGAUGGCUCAGCCUGUAGGAGUGCUCACUGCCAAGCCUGUUGACUGGCUUUCCCAAAACCUGUGCAGUAGGAGAAGAAUCCAGUUUCAGAAAGUUGGCCUCUGAUCUCCAUGUGGACAUGCCCACACAGAGCCACAUGGGGGCGGGUGCUCUGGCACUUGGAAACAUGGAGGGAUCCAACCACUCAGCAAGGAGGCACUAUUCCAGGUGGACACUUGGGAGUUGUCACUGAUAGGACAGGACUCGCUGUCAAACAUGGGGACCCCAUUCCCAGCUUCAGACCAGGGUAAAGCCACUGGAGACACAAGUAUGUGUUAAAUUAUAAUUCCAUAUUUGGGAAACAAAUCCAUCUUUCCUCUUUGUAUGGUAGCCUGGGUUUGUAACUGAGACUGUGUGUGGAAGCAGCCUCUACUAUCUGAGCGGGCCUGUGGUUAUGUGAGACACCAUAACUGGUUAACCCAAUUGGUACUGAGACAAAACUUUUACCCUUGGAAAGUAGGCUCCAGCUACAUAUGUGCCCAGCUAAGGUAUGGGUUAGUUGUCUAGAAUCCCUCAGCGUGGCGUGGUUAGGGGUGGACCGCGCCUAGAAUUCCCCAGUGAGGGAUCAGGAGCUUGGCUCAGGGGUAGCAUGCACGAGGUGGGGAUGGCCGGAGACCUGUGAAGAUCCUGUGUCUGUAGUUUGUGUCUGUGGAGGAGCUGGCACAGCAGCAGAUAGGAAGGAAGGUUAUCUGAGGUAUUUGGAGAAGACACAGAACGUGCAAAGCUGAGUGUAUUUAGGGCAGUGUUUACAACCUGGAACUUCCUGGGGUCAGGAGGGAGUCACCUCCUCAGUGUUUCAGUGCAUGCAGACAGAUGUAAGGACAAAGAAGGUUCUAUUAACAGCUACAUUUUCUUGUUGUUUUGAGACAGGGCCUCUCUGUGUAGCCCUGGUUGUCCUGGAACUCACUCUGUAGACUAAGCUAGUCUGGAACUCAGAGAUCCUCCUGCCUCUGCCUCUGCCUCCCAAGUGCUAGGAUUAAAGGACAAUAUUUUGCCCCGUGGCCCAGGCUGGCCUGGAAUUGAUUUUUCUGCCUCAGCACCCCAAUCCCAGCCUGAGCCCUAUACUGCCCUGCUGCAGCCAUCUCUCCGGCAGCCUCUCUGUGACCCUCACUGAUGAUGAGGGGUCAGGUCCCUGAAGCCUUUCUCAGUGUUCCAACGCCACAGGGAUUUCCUCACUUUAAGCCUAAAGAGAGGUCUUAAAACUGGAACACCAGCAUGCAGGCUGCUGUCCCUUGUGCUGACCAAGUGGACCAAUAAGGGAGACAGUCUGAGUUUCUGUAGGGUUGUUUUCAUAAGGGUGAGAUAAGAAUCAGAGCGCACCGGGAGCACACUUUAUUACUUUGUGUCAUUGGGCCUCAUGAACACUACAGAGGCUCUGCCACCAAGGUACUCCACUCCCAGCCUGGUGACCUAAGUCUAUCUGAUCCUGGGUACCACAGAAAGGAAGGAGAGUCAAGUCCCACAUGUCGUCCUAUGUUCCAUGGCUCUCAAGCACCCACAGCCAAGAUUGAUCUGCCCAGCCCAGGGAUAACAGGAUGGGGGUUGGCUCCCCCACCAGGUCCCACUCCAUCUCUUUAGGUCAGUAUCACAGGCCGGUGGCUGUGGCCUUCAGUAAGAUGAUCUGAGGAUCUGGGUGUGGCUCUGCAGCAUCACUGCCCUCCCAUACUUAAAGUGCUUGGUUCAUUCCCAACGUUUCCCGCCCAGAAACACAUUAAAGGGCUAAUAUGUCCUGGCACUCAGUUCUACCUACUCUGUAUCCUGAGUAAUAACUGGAGACUCUGAAAGGCACACAGGAGCAGCCACAUAGCCUGGCCUCACUUCAUCCGUGCUGUGCUCUUUCUUACGUAGGAGCUUGAGGGCUUGGGCCUAAAUCCAUGUUUCAGAGUCCCUGGAACCUCAGGCCCCUAAGGCACCACUGAUGGUUGUCCUUCCAAGGGUAUAAGCUAUGUGAAAUAUCCUCUUGUCUUAAUGGCCAGAUUCCCUUUCUUGUGGUAUAGUCCCAUUAUGUAGUCCUGGAACUCUGUAUGUAGUCCAGGCUAGCCUCCAACUCACAGCGAUGCCUUUGCCUUUACCUAAUGGCUGAACGGGGAACAAAAAGGGUACUUGGCUCUUGCUGUGGGAUCACACACACACACACACACACACACACAUACAUGCACGCACAAACGUUAUGUGAAAAGGUGCAGCACCCCUGCAGAUCCUUGUAAGGUACAGACCUGUCUGGUAGUCCCAGUGCCUCACUGGAUGUCCAGUGAGAUGUCAGGCCCAAAGGUGUAGCUGGAGGGCCCCAAGGUCCGUCUGAAAGGCUUGGACACUUUAAGGCCACUUUAGGAACUUUAGGGUUCCUUGGCUUCAGGUGUUUUGCUAGAUUUUUUUUUUAAAGAUUUUUUUAUUUAUAUGAGUACACUGUUGCUAUUUUCAGACACACCAGAAGAGGGCAUUGGCAUUACAUAUGGUUGUGAGCCGCGAUGAGGUUGCAGGGAAUUGAACUCAGGUCCUUGGCAAGAGCAAUCAGUGCUCUUAACCACUGAGCCAUCUCUCCAGGCCUUUGCUUUAUUUUUUUUUUUAUUAUUUUUUUUUUUUCAGAGCUGGGGACUGAACCCAGGGCCUUGCAUUUGCUAGGCAAGCGCUCUACCACUGAGCUGAAUCCCCAACCCCUGUUUUAUUUUUUCUUAUAGGGCUAUAAAGGUGGCUAAGCUGUUAAAAGCACUGGCUGCUUUUGCAGAGGACUGAAGUUCAAUUCCCAGCA